GAAGAUUAAUUUAUUACUCCUUAUUUCACAUUAAACUUCUCUUUAUAGCUGUCCAUGAUGGCCACCCACCUCAUAUUCCCACCCCCAUCCCCACCCCCAACACCCCCUUCCCCAAACAUAAAAAAUCUAUCUACAUAGCAAAACAGAAUCUCACAAGAAAUAAUAAUACUAUAAUAGUCUACUUCUUUCAUCAUCUAAUAGUAGAAGAAAACACAACAAACAACAAAGAGAGAACCCAAAAAAAAAAAAAAUCAUCUUCCACUAUGUGAUUAAUAAUCCACCAAAAAUUUUCCUCUCUAACUUUUUUUUUUCUCCAUCUACAAAUUUUAAUACUAUGACUCUUGAAGAUUCAUUAAAAUCACUUUCUUUAGAUUAUCUAAAUCUACUUAUCAAUGGUCAAGCUUUUAGUGAUGUUACUUUUAGUGUUGAAGGUCGUUUAGUACAUGCUCAUAGAUGCAUAUUAGCAGCUAGGAGUCUUGUGUUUCGUAAAUUCUUUUGUGGGCCUGAGUCGCCUGGAGGCAACUCAGACCCUUUUCACACCCCGGGCUUUGGUAGCCCGCGGGGUACUGGAGGUUCACAGGUUAUACCUGUGAACUCCGUAGGGUAUGAAGUGUUUUUAUUGAUGUUGCAAUUUUUGUAUAGUGGACAAGUUUCAAUUGUGCCACAAAAACAUGAACCUAGGCCUAAUUGUGGUGAAAGAAAUUGUUGGCAUACACAUUGUACCUCAGCCGUUGAUCUUGCUCUUGAUACACUCUCAGCCGCUAGAUCUUUUGGUGUUGAACAACUUGCUUUGCUCACUCAGAAGCAAUUGACAAGCAUGGUAGAAAAAGCUUCAAUUGAGGAUGUGAUGAAAGUUUUAAUAGCUUCAAGAAAACAAGACAUGCCACAACUUUGGACUACUUGUUCUCAUUUGGUUGCAAAAUCAGGCCUCCCUCCUGAAAUCCUAGCCAAACAUCUCCCUAUUGAUGUUGUCGCGAAAAUCGAGGAAAUCCGUCUGAAAUCAUCGCUAGCGCGAAGAUCUUUAGUCCAUCACCAGCACCAGCACCACCACCAGCACGACCUGCACGCGGCCUCGGAGCUCGAGGACCAAAAAAUAAGGCGAAUGAGACGAGCGCUCGACUCAUCUGAUGUUGAACUUGUCAAACUUAUGGUAAUGGGAGAAGGUCUAAACCUUGACGACUCAAUUGCCUUACAUUACGCGGUAGAGAACUGCAGCAGGGAAGUGGUGAAAGCGUUACUUGAGCUUGGAGCAGCCAAUGUGAACCACCCCGCGGGUCCAGCAGGGAAAACCCCACUCCACAUUGCAGCCGAGAUGGUCUCACCCGACAUGGUCGCAGUCCUAUUAGACCACCAUGCCGAUCCAAAUGUCAGAACGAUGGAUGGGAUCACUCCACUCGAUAUUCUCAGAACCCUAACUUCAGAUUUCUUAUUCAAAGGUGCUGUCCCUGGACUCAAUCACAUUGAACCUAACAAGUUACGGCUUUGCCUCGAGUUAGUUCAAUCAGCCGCGAUGGUAAUUUCUCGCGAAGAACAAAACCCAAGCAACAUUCCAUCAUCAUCCACCCCGAUAUUCCAACACACAAAUGAAGAUCAUACCUCCACCACUACCAACACGAACGUGGGAAGUAACCUUAACUUAGACUCCAGGAUGGUAUAUUUAAAUCUUGGUGCUACAUCUUCUUCGAGUUCUCAACAACAAAUAGGGAGCGAAGGCAAUCAUGAUAAUAAUAAACAAAAUAGGCAUAGCGGAUUUGACCCAUCCUCGAUGUAUCGUCCAUAUUCAUGAUGAGUAUUUAAUUUCUCUAAUUUUAUUGUCUAUCUUAUUUCUCUUUUUUGUAUUAGAUAGACAAAAGUAAUUAAAGCAAAAAUCUGAUGAUCAAGAAAUCUCAUGGGAAUAUAUUAUUAUUUAAUUAAAAUUGCAUUAGUACUAUGUUUCUUCU